AUGGCUCUUAUAUCUGGGCCGGCCAGAUCUCCGAGGGAAGACCAUCAUCACUUAGCAGGCGAUCAUGUGGCAGCCUACCCCCUGACACAUAGCCAAGAGGGUAUUUGGGUGGAUUACUUGGCUAACAGGAGUAGCACUCAGUAUAAUUUGACCCUGCAGUGGAACAUGGCCCACAGAGUUGAGCCUCAAGUCGAAGUAGAUUCAAUUGUCGCUGCCAUCCAUGAAUUGACAGAGAGACACUCUGUCCUGCGCUCUACGAUUGUUGUUCUCAACGGAAAACCUCAUAUCCAUGAGCACGACCCCAACAGCGUGGUGCCAGUAAUCCGUCUGUUAGCCAUCCCCGGUAGGAACAUAACGGAACAGCGGCUUCACCAGGCUCUACAUGAACCUUUUGACCUUGAGCAUGAGUUUCCCGUUCGUUGGUAUAUUGUCCAGCAGUCAUCAGGCAAGCAUAUCUACCUGGUGUCUCAUCACAUCGCCCUUGAUGGUGGGGCUUUAACUCGACUCUCUAGCGAACUGCUCGAUUUCGUGGAAGGCAAAGCUCUUGCCCUAGAUCAACUGUCAGAGAGGUUUAGUCAAGCUCAUUCAGUCGAGCGAGCGUGGGCACUCACUACAGGCUACGAGAACGCCCAAGCCACAUGUCUUGACCAGAUUAUGGAGACUCACCCAUUUCGAUGGUCCAAAACGCCACCGCACGGUACUCAUAAUUUCCGUCGUCUGGAAGUCUGGAAGAUGUUUUCUAAAGAUGAACUCCAAAACUGGAGCACCCGCUUUUCGACUUCAUGGUUCCGAGUUGCUGUCUCGCUGGUAGGACUACUCCUGCAUAUCGACACCGGAUCCCCGCUCGACGGAGACCAUGCGCUAGCAGUGUCCUUUGGCGGUCGGCCUCAAGGCUUCGAGCAUACUGUUGGGCAAUUUGCCAACCCUCUUCCAAUCAAGAUCCCUGUCUUAGAUCAUUUUCUAGCGGAGCCAGGAAGCGAAAGAAAUACAUUGGCUUCUUUGGUUACUGCUGUAUCACGAAAUAUAAGCCGAGUCAAGAAGUCUGAGAGACUGUCUUUGCUAGACAUCGCGCGACGCUGGCGUGCCAAUAGCCGAUUUGGACAAUUUAACUCACCACAAGUCGCCGUCUCCUAUGCACCAGCUUUCAAAAAUGAAUGCUGUCGACUGUUUCCUGUUGAAGGAACCUGGGAUUUGUUUUUUGUCUUUCAGGAUGGUCCACGGGGUGUUGAACUCGGGGUUAUACAUGAUCCCGAGAUAUUCGAUGACAAAACCAUGAACAGGAUGCGGAGCACUUAUAUGAGACUGUUGGAGCUUAGCUAUCGCCAAGACCCAGUCCUUUUAAACGAAUUACCAUCCAUGCCCACAUAUGUCACGCUUCCUUCUGCAAAGGCUCCCAAUAACUUCAUCGCCGUGCACGACAUGUUUCGCCUGCAUGCAGCCGAAAACCCAGACCGCAUGGCACUUAGCUGCGCAGAAAGACAUUGCCACAUGACAUAUGGUGAGCUGGAUAAUAAUUCUACGCUUAGAGCUCACGUCCUGACAUCUCACGGUGUUUCUAAGGGCUCCGUGGUGAUCCUGCACUUGCACCGGAAUUUCCAUCUGCUUGAGUGGAUUCUUGCAACCCUGAAGGCUGGAGGCGCUUUUGUAUAUCUCGACCCGACACUACCCUUUGACCGUAAGCAAUUCAUAUUGCGUACUGCAUCAGAACCCAACAGUAUUAUGGUGGUGGAAGACCUACUAGCUCCAGAUGCGGAAUGGACCCAGCCCUUUGCUGGAACUAUUUUACCUCACACGCAUGCCAUGGAGCUCAGUCAACCAAGUCCAGAGCCCGUUACGAAACAAGUCGACCCAGAAGACCUAGCAUAUAUGAUCUUCACAUCUGGUAGCACAGGUGAACCGAAAGGUGUCAUGGUCGAGCACGGAAGCUUCGCGCACUUUGUCCGAUCGAGCGUUCCCGUCUAUAAAAUAGGACAUGGGAGCUGUAUCCUUCAGCUGGCAUCUUUCAACUUUGAUGCCUCAAUUCUUGAAUGGUCUAGUGCACUAGCCGCCGGCGGUACGCUAUGCUUUGCGGAUUCCCCGCAGGCCUUAGUAGGCGAAUACCUCGCCGAUGUCAUCGAGCAGAACUCUAUUAGCUUCAUGCAAAUCACCCCGUCGGCAUUGACUACUAUUCCCCUCAACCGCCAGCUAAACUCGUUGAGAUGUAUUUCUGUCGGCGCAGAGGCGGUUCCGGCGCAUCUCCUGGAGACCUGGAGGGAGAGAGUGGUCAUGAUCAAUUCGUAUGGACCGACUGAGACAAGUAUCGCGGUGGCUUUUCAGAAAUACACAAAGGGCGGCCCACCUAUUGAAGAGGUCUCGGUCGGUAGACCCCCGGACGGUACCGAGAUCUACAUAUGCGACCCGUCCCUUACACGUAUCCUUCCAUACGGGAUGGAAGGCGAGGUCUGUAUAGGUGGCAAAAGCCUUAGUAGAGGCUACUGCCAAAGAGCAGAUUUGACUGAGACGAGAUUUGCCAUACAUCCGGCGUUGGGCACUCGGCUAUAUCGUUCUGGUGAUAGGGGGUUACUAACACCUGACGGUAGCUUGGUCAUUCGCGGGCGAAUGGACAGAGAGAUCAAGAUACGAGGCUACCGUAUUGCGCCAGAAGAGGUUGAGAAGGCCAUCGCAGCGGCUGACCCGGGUGUUCGUGGGUCUUCGGUCCAGGUCUCACCCGACGGCUUUUCGUUACUUGCUAUCGUCACACCAGACACGUGCCUUGCCGAAACAAUACAGCGCGGGAUCAGCAAAAUACUGCCUUCGCAUAUGCGCCCUUCCUUGAUAUUACCAGUGCCGUUCCUCCCACUAAACUAUAGCGGCAAGAUUGACCACAAGACCAUCAGGGAGGAAUUGGAAUCCUAUCUAACCAAGGCUAAGAAAACCAGACAUACGCCACGAGAAUCAAGGCACUCUCAAACAGAUAGCCAAAAACUGGCUAAAAGGGACAUGGAAGUUGAGGAGGUCAUUUCUAAGGCCUGGCAAGAGGAGAUUGGGCUCUCCAAGACGCCUAGUACCGACGUUAAUUUCUUCGAUCUGGGCGGUCACAGCCAUUUAGUUCCCCGUUUGCAGAAGCGCAUCAUCUCUAUGUACCCGUCUUGUAACGUUAGCGUCUUGGACCUGUUCUCCCACUCCACCAUCAAAAGCCAAACAAGACUUCUGUGUCAGCAGCUACAUCCGGAUAGCGGUCAGAUUAGCGUUGAAGAAUCCUCUGAAGCUGAUUCAUUCGUAGUGGUCAGAGAAGAUGCCAGCGUGAGGGAACUCUGCCCGGAUUCGAUCGGAUGGACGGAAGAUCGUACCAUAGCGGUAAUAGGGAUCGCUGGGAAGUUCCCAGGCGCAGAUGACCCUGACAAACUAUACGCAAACCUUUGCCAAGGCAUAUCAGGAAUCCGAGACUCCACCAACAAGAGACCUGUGCCCAAGGACUGCAUCUGGGUGCCGCGAGCGGGGACACUGUCGAGCAUUGAAGACUUCGAUGCGAACUUCUGGAAGCUGUCUCGUGAGGAGGCCGCAGACAUUGACCCACAGCAGCGGCUUUUCCUCACGGCGACGUUACAGGCUCUCGAGGACGCCGGGGUUGACACGUUAUCCGAUACCAAUAACAAUGUUGGUAUUUUCGUGGGUGCCGCUGCCAAUCAGUAUCACACAGUUACAGAUCCAGUCUAUGGGGACGCGUUUCAGCGGUCAAAUAGGGGCAUUGUCGCUCCCUCCAUAUCAGCUCGCACCGCCUAUCAUCUGAACCUCCAUGGACCUAAUGUGACCGUCAACACUAACUGUGCCAGCGGCACUGUGGCCAUGGCGCUAGCCGUGGACGCACUCAGGAAUCGCCGCUGUGAUGUAGCUGUAGUAGGUGGGGUGUCAGUUCAGUUGUUUGACGGUGGCUAUGUCACACAACCCAAAAACAUAUUUUCUUUAACAGGAAAUUGCCGGCCAUUUGAAGAGACAGCUGAUGGUACCGUUCCUUCGGAUGCGAUUGUGUCAAUGGUUCUGAAACGUACUCCUGACGCCGUUGCCGACGGAGAUAGUGCUUAUGCCUUGGUUGCCGGCGUUGCUUACAACUCAGACGGUGCGACCAGCAAGGCCGGCUAUCAGGUCCCGUCACCAAAAGGCCAAUCAGAUGUCAUAGCCGCCGCGUGGGAUAACGCUCGUAUGUCGCCUGAACAGCUCCAAUAUAUCGAGCUUCAUGGAAGUGGUACUCCUAUCGGAGAUGCGCUUGAACUUGAAGGCGUAAAAUUAGCCCUGGAAAGUAUUGGACGUAAGCCUACAGGGUGCCUCGUGGGCUCAAACAAGGGCAGCCUUGGCAAUACGCAGCACGCGUCUGGGCUGGUUUCUCUAAUAAAGAUCUGCAAGUCCAUUCAGAAUGGUACGAUCCCUGCUAUGGUUAAAACUGGCAAGUUGAACCCCUUUAUCAUAGAUGCGAGCUUGGGUUUGAAUUUCGCCUAUCAGCCUACCGUGGUGAAAACAGAAGCUUUGAUAGGCAUCUCCGCUGCGGGCUGGGGAGGUGUCAACUCUCACAUGAUCAUCCAAGCUCCACCAGUCAAGCUGAUCAAAAAGCUUGAACAUAAAAAUUCCAAGUAUGCAUUGUUCAACGAGACCCUCGCUGCUCCGCGAAAGGCUGGCCUCGAAGUUUUCGCUGUUCCUUCGCCCAUUGCUGUUGAUUCAGCCCUUGAUCUGAUAAUUCGAGAGUUGCAAAAGGUUAUCGAGAACGGGCAUAUGGUUAAAGCAGAUACUGACCUCCGCUCUCAUGGCCUCGAUAGCGUGGCCUUUGUUAGGCUAUCACACAGCAUCAGAAGCAUUGCAAAAGGGGUUUCCUUACCGUAA